AUGGAAGGUGGUGGAAGAAACGAAAUCUUAAAUUGGUUGAACGAUACUCUCCAAUUGAAAUAUACAAAGAUCGAACAGACUGCAACUGGUGCUGCACAUUGCCAGCUGAUGGACGUUCUCUUCCCUGGAAAGCUACCACUCUCCAAGGUCAACUACAAUGCAAAGUACGACUACGAAUAUAUAAAGAAUUUCAACUUGCUACAGGAGACCUUUGUCAAGUUGGGUGUCGAGAAGUAUCAGGGUGCCAUGGAUGUCGAUCGUAUGGUAACGGGACGUCCACAGGCCAACCUGGAUUUCUGUCAGUGGAUGAAGAAGUUCUUUGAUCUCCACUACAACGGCGAACCCUACAAUGCGUUGGAGCGUCGUGUCAUGGCCCGUUGCAACUACGAAGGUGACAAGCCGUUGUUGGCCGCGCUCGGUCCCAACGCACCAAAAGCACCACUCAAAACCGGCACUACUACCGCUGGUGCCGCCACCUCAAAGUCGGCUGCUGCCAAGCCAGUCGCCGCAGCCGCCAAACCAACAACUUCCACUUCAUUAAAACCAACUGCCACCUCUGUAAAACCAACUGAAACCAAACCAACUACAACAACAACAACUAAACCAACCACUAAUAAACCAACAGUUUUCAAACCAACACCUUUAGCAAAACCAACAGCGACAGCAACAACAACAGCAGCAGCAGUACCAACAAGUUCACCAGCAGUAGUACCACAAACUACAGUUACAACGGUUGUCGAAACCGUUAAAGUUGUCGACCCAACACUACUCAAGGAGUUGGAGGAGAAGCGUGAGGAGACCGAAAAGUUGAAGGAGGAGAUCGCCAACUUAAAGAUCACCAUCGAGGACAUUGAGAAGGAUCGUGAUUUCUUCUAUGAGAAGCUGAGAGCUGUCGAACUUUACUGUCAAGCCAACGAAACACACGAAGGUGCAUCAGAGAUUAUCAAGCACAUAUUGGGUGUCCUCUACAAGACUGACGAGACCGCAGCAGACGAGGAACAACCACAAGAAGAAGAGGAACAACCAGCUGAAGAAGAGAUCAUCGAAGAGGAAGAAGAGAUUAUAGAGGAGGAACCAAUCGCCGAUGAAGAUAAUUUAAAUUAUGAUGAUGAACCAUUGUUGGAUGACGAACCAGAGGAAUUUUAA